AUGCCUGCUCAGGCACACAGGCCAUCAUCCAGAAUAUUCCAUCGCGCACAUUUGUUGUUUUUCUGCAUCUGCACAAACAUUGCAAACUUCGAUUCUCUUCAUCUGCACCACCUUCGCGACUCGUCGGCCCCCGUGCUCAAGAUGACGAUGAACAACGCCUUUGGGACCCCCUCGUCCUUCAGCACCCCCUCUCAGCGUGAGAGAGAUCUCGCCGAUGAGCUCAAGGGCGCAAAGGAGGAGAUCCAGGCCAAGAAUCAACGUGAGCUAGAGCUUCUUUCUCAGCUCCUGGAGGCCAAGACUUGUCUCCUUCAGACUUCGCAGCAGCGAGAGCAGCGCCUCACAACCCAGUUCCAAAAGGUCAAGGCCGACCUCGAGACUACUCAGCAGCACGAAAAGACUCUUACCGCCCAGUUGGAGAAGUGGAAGUCUGACUGUGAAAAAGCCCAGACGCGCGAGAAGGAUACAGCCACGCAGGUUCAGUUGCUCAAGAAGACCCUCGACGCAACGAGGGAGCGUGAGGGGCUCGCCAACGCGGACCUGGCCAAGAUCAAGGCGGAACUCGGACUUUCCAAGACCCGUGAGAAGAACCUCAACAUCGAGAUUGAACAGCUCAAGCAGGACCUGGAGGCAAACAACGGACAGGCCCAGACUCCUGGCUUCAAGCGGGCUAGGACGGAUUCAUGGGGACCUCCAGCCCACACCCCAACGUCUUCGAAGAGGGGAGGAAGAGGAGGUGCUCACGGUCAAUUCAGAACCCAGUGA